UUGUUUCUUCAUCAAAUUUUCGAGCGAAAAUGAUACAGCAAGCUCGAAAACUCUCCGACGAGUACGAGAUAUCCGACGUUAUAGGGAGAGGAGGAUUCUCAGUAGUCAGGAAAGGUAUCAGUAAGUCCAGAAGAGAGAAAAACGAAGUAGCUAUUAAAACACUAAGAAGAAUUGGGCCAUCAGCUUUCAUGGGAUGUCCACCAAAUCGAAAUGCUCUCAAGAGUGUGACUUCCAUGGUUCCUGCAAGAAAGUCUAUGAUUUCUGAUGCUCUAUUGACAAAUGAGAUUUUAGUAAUGAGGAAGAUAGUUGAGAAUGUCUCACCUCAUGAAAAUGUGAUUGAUCUUUACGACGUGUAUGAAGAUUCGAACGGGGUUCAUCUCGUGUUGGAGCUUUGUUCUGGAGGCGAGCUUUUCGAUAGGAUCGUGGCUCAGACGAGACACACUGAAGCUAAAGCUGCUGCAGUUGUGAGACAGAUUGCUAGUGGUUUGAAGGCUCUUCAUGAAGUCAAUAUCAUUCACCGUGACUUGAAACCCGAAAACUGUCUCUUCCUUGAUGAAAGCCAGGACUCUUCCUUGAAAAUCAUGGACUUUGGAUUGAGUUCUGUGGAGGAGUUCACUGACCCAGUUGUUGGAUUGUUUGGUUCCAUAGAUUAUGUCUCACCAGAAGCGCUUUCCCAAGGAACAAUUACCUCCAAAAGUGAUAUGUGGUCUCUGGGAGUGAUUUUGUACAUCCUUCUCUCAGGGUACCCGCCUUUUAUCGCUCGGUCCAAUCGAGAAAAACAUGAAAUGAUCAUGGCUGGAGAGUUCAGUUUCCAUGAGAAAACUUGGAAGUCGAUUUCUUCUUCGGCUAGGCAACUGAUUUCGAGUCUGUUGACAGUUGAUCCUCAGAGGAGACCGAGUGCCCAAGAGCUUCUAGAGCAUCCAUGGGUCAUGGGUAAUUCAGCCAAGCAAGAUCAAAUGGAUGCUGAGAUUGUAUCACGACUUAAGAGUUUCAAUGCCCGACGCAAGCUUCGAGCUGCAGCGAUAGCUAGCGUAUGGAGCAGCACGAUUUUAUUGAGGACAAAAAAGCUAAGAUCUUUGUUGGGGUCUUAUGAUCUCACACCUGAGGAAGUUGAAAGUUUCAGACUCCAUUUCAAGAUAAUAUGUGCAAAAGGGGACAAUGCCACUCUUCCUGAAUUUGAAGAGGUGCUGAAAGCAAUGAAUAUGUCUUCACUUAUCCCUCUUGCACCUCGAAUUUUCGACCUCUUUGACAAUAAUCGGGAUGGAACAAUUGACAUGCGCGAGUUACUUUGUGGAUUUUCGAGCCUUCGUAAUUCACAAGGCGAUGAUGCUCUUCGCCUAUGUUUUCAGAUGUACGAUACAGAUCGGUCUGGGUGCAUCACAAAGGAAGAAGUUGCAUCAAUGUUGAGAGCUUUACCUGACGAUUGCCUUCCAGUGGACAUCACAGAACCUGGAAAAUUAGAUGAAAUAUUUGAUUUGAUGGAUGCCAACAGUGAUGGAAAGGUUACCUUCGAUGAGUUCAAAGCGGCCAUGCAGAGGGACAGCUCCCUCCAAGAUGUUGUCCUGUCUUCUCUUCGCCAAUAAAUUUUUAGCUUACCAUGAACACCAUCAACAUUUCAGUAACAGAUCUAGACAUAAUUUCAAAAUUAUGUGUCCGUUGUGAAAAACAGAU